AUUACAGGAGCAACCAUACGGCACAUUUCCUCUCUCUAGAAAUCUCUCGUCCUUUUUCUCUGUUAAAAUCUUUCGCUUUCUUCAUCUCUUUUUCUUUCCGAUUUCACAUCACCCGAUUUCCGUCCGGUUUUAUCUCCGGCAACUUUGAUAUGUACAAAACUGUUGGCUGAUCGACUCUGAAAACGAUUUGAUUCAUCGAGAUUUUGAAGAAAAUCGGACAAAGAGUUCUGCAUGAGCUGGUUGAGAAAGCUGGGUUUCUAUUUGUUGUCCUCGAAUUCCAACCAUUUCAUUACGUGUCUCUUGAUUUUUAUCCUUCAUUAUUCCCCUCAAUUGCCUCCAUCAUUAUUUAAUUUUGAAAAAAAACCAACAGAGCCGUUAUUAUUAAUUAACAUACGCAAUUACUUUCAAAAUAUUAUUAAUCCUCUGUUAAUAAUAUCGUCUUGCCAUGGAAUCAACAAACAGGAGUAAUCGUCAAUUAAGCAGAGCUCUUUGCUAUUCGAACGUGGAGAGGAGGCAGGCAAGGUCGCCAUCUGUUAUUGUUAUUGGCGGUGGCAUGGCUGGAGUUGCAGCGGCUCGUGCUCUCCAUGAUGCGUCAUUUAAGGUUGUCCUUUUGGAAUCUCGGGAUAGGCUUGGUGGUCGAGUUAACACUGAUUAUACCUUUGGUUUUCCCGUUGACCUGGGUGCAUCAUGGCUGCAUGGAGUCUGCAAUGAAAAUCCACUUGCACCUGUGAUUGGGAGACUAGGGUUACCUCUAUACCGCACAAGCGGUGAUAAUUCUGUGUUGUAUGACCAUGAUUUAGAAAGCUAUGCGCUUUUUGACAUGGAUGGGAACAAAGUUCCUGCAGAAGUAGUCACAAAGGUUGGGGAAGUUUUUGAGAUCAUUUUGGCAGAGACAAGUAAAGUAAGACAAGAAUUCAGUGAAGACAAGUCUAUAGGACACGCCAUUUCAAUUGUUUUUGAAAGGAGACCAGAAUUAAGGUUAGAGGGGCUUGCCCAUAAGGUGCUUCAAUGGUAUUUAUGCAGAAUGGAAGGCUGGUUUGCUGCAGAUGCUGAUUCCAUCUCAGUUAAAUCCUGGGAUAAGGAAGUGCUGCUCCCCGGUGGUCAUGGGCUCAUGGUUAGGGGCUAUCUUCCAGUUAUAAACAGCCUUGCCAAAGGCCUCGACAUCCGCUUAGGCUGCAGGGUUACCAAAAUUGAUAGACGUUAUAAUGGAGUGAAGGUAACCGUAGAAGAUGAAACUACAUUUGUGGCAGAUGCUGCUAUUGUUGCUGUUCCUCUUGGUGUUUUGAAGGCCAGGGCAAUCAAGUUUGAGCCAAGCCUCCCAAACUGGAAGGAAGCAGCCAUUGAUAACCUUGGUGUGGGAAUUGAAAAUAAAAUAGUACUGCAUUUUGAUAAGGUGUUUUGGCCAAAUGUGGAGUUCCUGGGAGUGGUUGCAGAGACAUCUUAUGGAUGCAGCUACUUCCUAAAUCUUCACAAGGCCACAGGUCAUCCUGUCCUUGUUUACAUGCCUGCUGGGCAGUUGGCCAAAGACAUUGAGAAAAUGUCUGAUGAAGCUGCUGCUAAUUUUGCUUUUAUGCAACUCAUGAAGAUCCUUCCUGAUGCAUCUGCCCCGAUUAAUCAUCUUGUUUCGCACUGGGGCACAGAUGUUAACUCACUUGGCUCCUAUAGCUAUGAUACAGUAGGCAACUCCCAUGAUCUGUAUGAAAUGCUUAGGAUUCCAGUGGACAACUUAUUCUUUGCUGGGGAGGCAACAAGUUUUAGCUAUCCAGGGUCAGUGCAUGGUGCAUUCUCAACUGGACUGAUGGCUGCUGAGGACUGCCGGAUGCGUGUUCUGGAGCGGUAUGGAGAGGUAGACUUGUUCCAACCGGUCAUGGGUGAGGAGUCUCCUGUUUCGGUACCACUUUUGAUCUCUCGAAUGUGAUUCUAAAGUUCCCAGAAGCCUCUCAAUGCUCUUAAAUUGAUAGUAUAUCGCUUCAGAUAAGUAAACAAGGGAUUUGGCUAACACACAAUUGCCGCUUUUAGUGGUGGUUGGGCAAUGCCGUGAUAAACCACUGUUUUCCUAUUGACUAACCAUUGUUAGAAUUGGUUAAUGUGUGUGGUUACCUAUAUGUGUUGUUAUUUGGACAAGAAUAAUAUUAAGUUUGAUAUGAAUUUAAAUAAAGGUGGACUUUUGGACAAA